AUGUCGCUAAAAAAGCAACUCAAGGCUGCAAAAGCGGCAAUUGACCAGAAAGACGGCGCCGAGGCCCUCGAAUGUAUAGAGCAAGUGCUCAAAACCGACCCGGCCAAUUAUUUCGGCCAUCUUUUCAAGGCCAGAGCGUACCAGCUUCUUCACAACCACACCAGCGCAGAAAACGCCUUUCUGGAAGCCGUCCAGCUCGAACCAGACAAUCUUUUGGGCUGGCGCGGAUACUUGCAAGCGUUGAAAAAUGGAAACUCGCAUGAAAAGUUCUUCCAGGUCGUGGAACAGUUGGCGGUUCGGAUGAACGAACAAGGAGAGCUGUUGGAGCUGAUUCCGAAGGAGAUCUACGGCUAUUUGCACGCGCACAACUUCAAGUCCAACCUGGAGGUGAACGAGAUCUUUUUGCGGGCCAUAUUGCCCGGCACACCGCUCGGCGCGUUGCUAGAAGGCAGAAUGGGUCCAACACACGAAAACGUGCGGAAAUUGCUUGCGCUCGUCAAGGCGGCCGAAGAUCUGCAGGUGCUCAACGCGGUGCUGAAGGAGAAGCUUCGUUUGCCGCAGCAGCUCACGGAGCAGAUGCGGCAACAGCUCGCUCAGUUGGAAUGGUCAUACCGGGGCAAGUCCGACUUGGCCCGUCUCUACGAACUCUUUAUUAGCUACUGUAAUGACGACGACGUUCGUAGGCAAUACGAGAUCGAGUUCUUGCGCUACCAGCAUUCGAUGCUCCGCAUUACUCCCGAAAAGGAACUGUUGUUGGUGAAGGUGAAGGAGAUGGCUGCGGACUUGGUUCUUCUCGAUUGUACAGAUAUCUUUCCCUGGCUGCUUCAUUUCGAUUUCCGCGACGAUAAACUGUUGGCAGACUUGGAUGCGGACUUGGUCUUGCGCUUUUUGCGCAAGUUCAAGGGUGAUCCAUUGGGACUUGUGCUCUACCUGUACGUGAUGUCAGAGGCUUGUACCAUCGACUCGAGUUAUUUCGCCGAGCUUAAAACGACCCAGAACACGGACCCUGUAGAUGAAGAUGAGCCGCUAGAUGAACCUUGUGAGGGUUUGAGCCUGGAUCUUCCUGAGGUCACCCGUUACUCGCAAACCGAAAUCCUCGAGCUUGCCACACAGGGCUUCAAGGGAUGCACAUACUCCAGCUUGGCACACAGAAUCGUGGUGCACAUCAACAAUUUCUAUAGCGAGUACGCAGUCAGUCUCAAGGUCUGCGCUGAUGGUAUCAGAAAGGUUGCAAGCCUGUUGAAUGUCUACGGCCUCGAUCUCGCGAAUGCCCGCGAGGACCUUACAUGCCAAUUAGCCCUCGUGUAUACAUACUACGAAGCUCCCAAGAAUUUCGGAAGGGCACUCCAGAUCUUCGACAAAAUCCUUCAAAGUAAUCCACAGAAUGAGCAGGCUCUCAUCGGAAAAGGAUUGAUCUUGGUGGAGAAGGGAGAGUACACAAAGGCAGAAAGCCUUCUUUCCGGCGUUGUCAAAGAGUUCCCGGGAAACAGCCAGGCACUCAAUGAUCUUGGCUGGUGCCUCAUCCUUCAGGAGAACUACACCCAAGGUAGAGAGUCUCUUCAAAAGGCUUUGACAAACGUUUCUGGAAUGAGUCUGCGCGCUUUUGACUUGCGCGCCAGUAUCUCCUGGCGCAUGGCUACGUCCUAUUUGCGUGAAGAUUCCAACCUGGAGUCAAACGUGAAAUUGGCGUAUGACCUUGUCCUCUCGUCCCUUAGCAACAGUAAAUUCCACGCUCCAUCAUACACCCUUUUGGGUACGAUACUACACGAUCACUAUGGAGACGUAGCGCGUGCGCAAAAGUGUUUCUACAAGGCGUUUGAAUUAGACGUGGCCGAAAUAACCGCUGCUAGAUACUUGGUGACAGAAUUGUGCGCCAAGAGAGACUGGGAUGUCGUUGAGAUUCUAUGUGAGAGAGUGGUUGAAUCAGAGAAGAGUCGAAAGGUUCUCUUCAGCCAGUUGAAUACAGACCCGGAUCGAUCAUGGCCUUACAGAGUCUUAGGCUGCUCUGCACUCAAUAAACAGGACGAUGCUAAAGCAAUUGAGUGGUUUCAAACCGCCUUGAGAAUGCAGGCCAUGGAUAUUGAGUGUUGGACCGGUCUUGGAGAAGCGUACUUCAACUGUGGGCGUAUCGACGCAGCUAUCAAGGUUUUCCAACAUACAACUGAGUUGGAUGGCUGUACAUGGGUAAACUACUACAUGUUAGGACAAGGUGUGUGUAUCAUUGGAGACUACCCAAGUGGUCUCGAAUUGCUCGAAAAGGCUUUGGGAUUGAAUCCGGAUGCAGAAUGUAUUGUCAGUGCAAUCUACGAACAGAGCACAUUAUACAGCGUCCAAUUACUACAAGGUGGAUUUACCGGACGCGCGGUUGAGUACAAUACGAGAGCAAUUGCUACUAUUGCCAAGGCCGUCAUAAAGAGCAAAGAUUCCUUCAAUUUGUGGAAAGUGUUGGGCGAUUGUAUUAGUCUCAUUUGCAAAAUUCAACAGAAACUUGCAGACGCGCCACUAGAGACCAUAUUCUCUAUUUUGGAACAUGCAGAGAGUAUCGAUGAUUCAACUGUGAAUUUGGCUUUGGCCAGGAAACAUCUUGAAAACGAGCAAUUUAUCGACUGUGUCUCCGUGUUAGGAGUUUUGACGGCUAAGGCCGCACUCAGCAAAGUUCAGAAGCGGGAAAACAGAUUGAUUCGCUCUUCGGUGCUCUUCAAUCUUGGUCUUGCCUACGUCAAUGCUUUCCAUGUUGGCCAGGAAAAGAACACCGAUUUCCGUGACCAAGCCAUUGUUACCUUGAAAGAUGCAAUAGUGAUUGAGCCUCAAAACAGUCAAUACUGGCUCACUUUGGGUAUUGCCUAUGUGACCUUGAACCCUUCUCUCCUGCAGCAUUGUUUCAUUAAAGCUAGUGUCUUAGACUCGAAGGAUGUCACGCCAUGGUCCAACUUGGCUGCCUUGUACUUGAGAUGUGGAGAUGCGGUCCUUGCCCAGGAAGCCUUUGAUCGUGCUACCUCAGUUGCCCCAGAGCAAGCUGUUCCCUGGUUGGGUAAGGCACUUUCUGCUGAUGUUUUAGGUGACACAGAAACAUCGACCAGGCUCACGACUCACGCGCAAGUACUUUCCAAUGGAACCGACCCACUCGCACAGCUCUGUUACGCCAUAGUGGUUGUCAGCAAUCGAAUCCUGAAAAGCAGCGACUCGCGCGACGUGUCUGCCGCCCAGGAAGUGAGUAUUGCCAACGCUGCUAUCCGCAGGUUCCUCAAAUUCCAGCCGGAAAACUUGACAGGGCUCAAGUUGGCAUUCUUGCUCAGUGAAAGAUGCCACACAUUCGAGAUAAGCAUUGAGGUUGGUGAGCUACUCUGUUCUGCCCUUGAAACAAGUUAUGAAAAGACAGAAAGCAGUCAGACUAUGAUUGAAGUUGCAGUCGCUAAGACACAGCUUGCCAGAGUUAUGUUGGGCUGCGGGAAGUAUGACGAAGCUGUUGGCUAUGCCCAAUUCACAAUCGACUUGCUCCUGGAUGAAACUUCGAGCGAGGAAAUUGCCAAGGCGUUGCUUUCAUCUAGAAUUGUUAUCGGAUUGGCUUUCUUCUUCAAUGGACAGUACAGCGAAGCACUCGAAGAGUUCCAAGUGAUUCUUGAGGAGCACAGCCAGUCUCAUAGAGCAGUGACAUUGAUUGCACAGGUCUUGUACGCGAUUGAUAGUCCCGAGUCCAAGCAGGCAGCAGUAGACCACCUCUUCUCUUUCAUCGAAGAGAAUGGCUCGAGUCUUUUGGUGGUGAUGGCGCUCGGAGCCAUCUCCUUGGCAGAGAAUUUGGACACAUAUUUCGAAGCCAUUAAGGAGGAGCUAGAGGGAUUGUCGCUCACAGAUCUCAUGGGCGAUUCCAGAAAGGCUGUGCCCAGAUUGUUGGAGGAGCUCAACAGCGUGAUUGGCAAGAAGGACUCGAAGGUGUGGCAACGGUUUGCGCUUUUGUUCCCUGGCGACUUCAAAGUGUGGGAGAAACUCAAUGUGCAAAUGGGGCUUUCGUCGUCUCUCUUGAGCGAGGCCAAAGCAUCUGCACCGGAAGUGUCCGCGGCCUACAUUGAGAAGAAGACCCGAAGAGAGGUUCAACGGUCGCUUUUGAUUUACGCCGGCAACCAAAGCGCACGGGAUAUCUUAGCUGACGUGAACUAG